AUGGAGGAUCUUCAGCCAAAACCAACAUCACCUUCCCAAACAUCAAUCUAUGCCCUCCUCUCUUUUCUCCUACUAUUAGCCCUGAAAAUUAAAACAGAUAGAGAUAGAAAGAGAAAACUACCUCCUGGGCCUCCAACACUACCCAUAAUAGGCAACAUUCACCAGCUAGGUAGGCUCCCACAUCAGAACCUUGCUUCCCUUGCACAAGAGCAUGGUCCUCUGAUGCACCUACAACUGGGCCAAAUCACAUCCAUUGUGGUUAGCUCACCUGAGCUCGCCGAAAAGGUAUUGAAGGCACACGACCUUGUCUUUGCUAGUCGGCCGGCAUUGUCGAGUGCCAAGAUUUUUACCUAUAAUUGCACAGACAUCGCCAUGAGCUCAUAUGGCCCGUACUGGAGGGCGGUUCGAAAGAUUUGCAUCCUGGAGUUGCUUAGUGCAAAACGUGUGCAAUCAUUUGGCUUUGUUAGAGAUGAGGAGACCGCCCAUUUCGUGGGAUCAAUCAUGGAGGCUUCUCAUACUCCUGUGAAUCUCACAGAGAGAAUUUUCUCAGUCAUCAGUUGUAUGCUCGAGAGAGUGGGCUUGGGCAGAAAAUAUGUCAAUGACGAGUUUAGAGAGAUCAUCAGAGAGACGAUUGAGGUAGGCAGUGGGUUUACUAUAGAAGACUUGUAUCCACCUUUGGGCUUUAUCAGCAUUCUAUCAGGCAGUAGGGCAAGAAUGAAGAAGGUUCACAAGAAACUUGACAGCUUCUUCGAUAAGGUAAUAGAGGAGCAUGAAAUGAAUGGCAAAGGGCAUGAGCAAGGGGACUUGGUGGAUGUCCUCCUGCGGCUUCAAGAGGAAGGGGAUGUGAACGUGCAACUAACCCGAGAUAAUAUCAAGGCAAUCAUAUUUGACAUGUUUAUGGCUGGGAUUGAGACCUCAUCUUCAACCGUGGGAUGGGCAAUGGCAGAACUUAUGAAGAACCCUCAGGUGAUGGAAAAAGUCCAAAAGGAAAUAAGGCAUGCGCUUAGAGGAAAAGAAAGAGUGGGAGAGGGUGACCUGAUUCACUUAGAGUACUUGAAGUUAGUGCUUAAGGAGACACUCAGGUUACAUCCUCCUGUCCCACUGUUGCUUCCAAGAGAAUCCAUGGAGACAUGCACAUUAGAAGGUUAUGUAAUACCAGCCAAAACUAGAGUCUUUGUAAAUGCUUGGGCCAUUGGAAGACAUAGAGACUACUAUGAAAUUCCAGAGAAGUUCGAGCCCGAGAGGUUCUCUGAUGGUUUGGUGGAGUAUAAGGAGCAGCGUUUCGAUUUCAUCCCCUUUGGGGGAGGGAGGAGGGGGUGCCCCGGUGCCCUAUUCGGUAUGGUUACUUCAGAACUUGUUUUGGCCCAACUUCUUUACUACUUCGAUUGGAAACUACCUGAAGGAAUGAAACCAGAGGAGGUAGAUAUGAGUGAAACUUGUGGGAUGACAGCAUCAAGGAAGCAUGACCUAGUUCUAAUCCCAAUUCCUCACUUUAUAACUAGUAGUUCAUAG